AUGACUAAGGUUGGUUGGGUAUUGAAGUCUCGAAAGCUCACUCCUCGUUUUAUUGGUCCUUAUCAAAUUCUUAAAAGAGUCAGCAAAGGUUACUACCAUGUUGCAUUACCCCCAUCUCUCUCAAACCUCCAUAGUGUCUUCCAUGUCUCUCAACUUCGUAAGUAUCUUCCUGACCCAUCUCAUGUGAUUCAAUUAGAUCAUGUGCAAAUAAGAGAUAACCUAACUUAUAAAGCAUCACCCUUGCAAAUUGAAGAUCGAGAGGUAAAAAACUUAAGAGGAAAGGAAAUUCAUUUGGUUAAGGUUAUGUGGAGAAGACUCGUUGAGGGUAGCAUGACUUGGGAGCUAGAGAUCCAUAUGAAGGAGCCUUAUCCAGAUUUGUUCAUCUCGGGUAAAAAAAUUCCAAAACAAAAAUUCAAUAAGUGUGGAAUAACUGUAACACCCCAAAUAAUUUAUUUAGAUUUUAUUCCUUAA